AUGAAUAAUGAUUUUUAUAAUAGUAAUAAUAGUCAACAAAGAUCAACAGAGUUAUUUUCAAGAAUAUUGAAUCAUGUGAUCAUUAGAAGAUGUUCUAAAAUGUCGUAUUCAUGGGAAGAACUAAAAGAUAAUAUUGAUCAGUUGUCAAGAUACGGAUACAUUGAUCAAAUUAAAAGGGUGGUUGAAUAUCAAGAACAAGUGGUCUAUUCAAAGUAUCGUUGGACUAGUGAUAAAGAUAGAGAUAUACCAUAUACUCCUCAUUUGGUGACUGUUAUCAAAGAUUUGGAAUAG